GGUACUGGAAGAAGAGGAGGAGCAGAGUACAAGAACUACAAGUACACCUUUUGUGGGAAAUAGCCAGUUCAAAAUCUUCCCAAUCAUCAGUUAUACUUUUCUUGGGAUAAUGAAAUCAAAACAUUCUGUACUUGGUUAUUUUCACAAGCCUUUUCAUCUUCAAAUACUCCCUCCUUUGCCCAUCCCUCAAAAGAUCAACGGUGGGAAAUUUUUCUUUAAAAGUAAACUAUGUUCUUUUCUUUAAAAUAACCAUUAUAGAGAAAUUAUUCUCUUUAAGUAGUCAUGCUUCUAAAUUGCUUGGAGGCGAUUACAUAUGAACCUUCCUAUGAACUUGUAUCUCUCUCAUUUAAAAGAAAAGAGAAAGGAAAGGAAUUAGCCCAUUAAUUAUUUAAAAUACUUGGUGCAACUGUUCCUACGAAUUAAUCCAGGCACUUGGAAGAAAAUUACACUCUGUGUUAAUAUCAUUGCCAACCUUUUCCACUAUGCUGCACUCCAAAUACUAUUGUGUUUUCAAUGACAACAUUCCCUAUUACAUAUGCAUAUGAAAAACAGGCAUUUUCAUCAGAAUUACCGUAAUAGCAUUAAGAGAUUAUUUUUUCCAAUUUCCUUGGAAGAAAAUUCACUUAAAUUAGAUUAUUUAUUACUUGACUGCUCUUGUAUCUUGCCUGUAUGUUUAGGUAACUGGAGCCCAUGAAAGUAUAAACUUCAGAAUAAAAAGCAUGAUUUUAUACAUUAAUGACUUCAAAUAAAAGAGGAAUGCCACAUUUGUGCAUCACUUCUUUCGAGAAAGUUAAGUCUGUGUUCUGCUUAGGAGAGAUAACACUUUUUGUCCCAGUAGGUGGCCCCCCUGGUGUAGCCAUUAGUUGCUAAUUACUUGCAAACAAAUAAACAAUUAACUCCUUAAGCUUCUGGCUGGGCAAGUGUUCAUUGACAUGCUAAAACUUUCUAAGACAGGAUUUUAAUUAGUGAUGUUCUAAAUCCAGCCCCCUUGUCAGCGUAGCUAUAAGGUGAAUUGCAGGAAGAUCCCAGCCUUAUACACGUGGGGCAGAGCCAGCAGAGGCCAGAGCUGUUGCUCUGCACAGACCACGAGAGGAUGUCUCCCAGCCUUCAGGAAGGCGCUCAGCUCCAGGAAAGCAAACCCUCAACUUGCUCCUUUUCAAUUGAGAGAAUCUUAGGAAUGGACCAGAAGACAGACUGUGUUCCAUUAAUGAAACCCCACAGGCCCUGGGCAGACACCUGCAGCUCCUCAGGUAAAGAUGGUAACUUAUGUCUACAUGUCCCAAAUCCUCCCAGUGGGAUUUCAUUCCCUAGCAUGGUGGAUCACCCAAUACCAGAAGAAAGAGCUUCAAAAUAUGAAAAUUACUUUUCAGCCUCAGAAAGACUGUAUUUGAAAAGAGAGUUGAGUUGGUAUAGAGGCCGAAGACCAAGAACUGCUUUUACUCAAAACCAGAUUGAAGUGUUAGAAAAUGUCUUUAGAGUAAACUGCUAUCCUGGCAUUGAUAUUAGAGAAGACUUAGCUCGAAAAUUGAAUCUAGAGGAAGACAGAAUCCAGAUUUGGUUCCAAAAUCGGCGUGCAAAACUGAAAAGGUCCCAUAGAGAAUCACAGUUUCUAAUGGCGAAAAAAAAUUUCGACACAAAUCUCCUGGAAUAGAUAGAAAACUAAACAAGUGAAAUUAUCUUCUAAUUGCAGAGCAUGAAGAAUCAGUGGAAAUAUUAAGUGUUAAAAUGUGAUGUUUUCUUUACUGCAUUUAAUCUGCAUAUUGUCAUUUUUUUCCAAAAAUAUAUUGUAAAUAAUUACUAUUAUAGCAUGGUACAUAUUAUAUUUGGGCACUUUUAGUUAUAGUAAAGACCUUUCUUAUAUAUUUUAAUAAUCAUUUUCAGAAAAGAUUGCUAUUUUUUAAGUGAGCAAAAUUAACCUAAUAAAUUAGUUUGUUAAAAUCAAUAGACUCAUGACUAAGUGAUUCCACAAGUUGGAUUCUAUUUGUAAAAUAUUUCAAGUGAAAUCAUCUGAAGA